GGAGUCGCGUCUGUUCAAUGGCUUCGAUUGACUAAAUGAUGAAUCUCCCACCACUUACAAUGAUCGUUGCGGCCACUCAGGCCAAUGGGAUCGGGAUAUCGCGAACCAACACGCUGCCUUGGCGUCUCCCUCGAGAGAUGGCCUAUUUCGCUCGCAUCACCUCCGCCGCCCCAGAGGGCAAAAUGAACGCCGUUGUGAUGGGACGAAACACGUGGGAGAGCAUACCGGAAAAGUUUAGACCGUUGAAGGGAAGGUGGAAUGUCGUGUUGAGUAGUCGAGAGAUGCCGCAUCUCAUUGGCAUUCCAAAUACGGUUCACCUUGCUUCCCUCUCCGAUCUUGGAUCUGUUCAGCCACCAAAGCCUAUCUAUCGAUUCUUCAUCAUCGGCGGAGCAGCACUGUACAAGUCGCUGAUCUCCCACCCAUCAUUUGACCGCAUUCUAAUGACGCGCGUCGUUUCACCCGACUAUGAAGAAUGUGAUGUUUUCUUCCCCGAUAUCCUAGAAUCGUCUGAAGCUCUUCCGGGUGCCGCAAAGCAACAGUCAGAAGCGCCUGCACCAGAAGACACAGGGAAGGCGUCACAGCCGGCCAGAUGGACUAAAGCGUCACACGCUGAGCUGCAGGCGUGGGCAGCGGUACCUGUACCGGAGGGCAUUCAGGAGGAGAAGGGAACGAAGUAUGACUGUCAAAUGUGGGUGUAUAGGUGGUACGUGACAGUUUUUCGUCCAUAA